AUGAUUACUAAUGAUAAUGUCCAUCCAUUACGUGGGAGUUCAAUUGACAUUCAUCCGAAUGCUCGAUGGCAACAAAAUGGUAUCACUGUAGCUGGAGGAAAUCGACAAGGCAAUGGAAUCAAUCAACUCUCAGACCCAUUGGGUUUGUAUGUUGAUGAUGAUCAAACUGUCUAUGUCGCCGACCAAUCGAAUCAUCGUAUUGUGGAAUGGAAACGAGGUGCAACAAGUGGCCAAGUGGUUGUCGGUGGAGAUGGACAAAGAAGUGGAGAUCAUCGAUUGGAAGACCCAACAGAUGUGAUUAUCGACAAAGAGAGAGAUAGUCUCAUCAUAUGCGAUGUUUCGAAUGGAAGAGUGGUUCGAUGGCCUCGUCGAAAUGGGACAAGUGGAGAAACAAUCAUAUCCAACAUCUAUUGUUUGGGUUUGACAAUGGACGAGAAUGGAUCUCUCUAUGUCACUGAUGUUGGAAAAGAUGAAGUGAGACGAUAUCGAAGAGGAGAAUCUCAAGGAACAGUGAUUGCAGGUGGCAAUGGAUAUGGAAAUCGUCUCGAUCAACUCUCUUACCCCACACAAGUAUUCGUCGAUCGAGAUCAUUCAGUGUACGUAUCUGAUGGAUCAAAUCAUCGUGUGAUGAAAUGGAUAGAAGGUGCAAAACAAGGCAUUGUUGUGGCUGGUGGUCAAGGAAAAGGAAAUGACCUUACACAAUUGUCAGAUCCUCGAGGAGUCGUUGUCGAUCAAUUGGGCACUGUCUAUGUGGCUGAUGAAGGGAAUAAUCGAAUCAUGCGUUGGCCUAAAGGAGCCACACAAGGAAGUGUCAUUGUUGAUGGAAACGCUAGUGGAGGAGAAUCAAACCAACUCAAUUAUCCCAUUGGUUUGUCAUUCGAUCGACACGGUGAUGAAAAUGGUAUCCGCAGUGAAAGUAUUUUAAUAAAAUUGAAGGCGAAAAAGUUAUCAGAAAAAAAAUUUGUCGCUGCAGCAUAUUUUUUAGUAACAUAUGAAGAUCGUCUCAGUGGAAAUUCUGAAGAAAAACAACGGAUUGAUAUCCAUGUAAAUGAUGAGAUUAAUUAUGCACAUUGCGGUAUUCGAAAAGGUAUUCUACUAGUUAAUUAUGUUACUCUUUUAAAAAAUGGAUCAUCAAUGAACGAGGACACAAAUAUCAUCACAGAAAAAUAG